AGGCAAGAGCACGGAUCGUUUAUACGAAGUUUGAAUGAAUAAAAGUUCACGCAACUACAAUCAUAUUAUUUUCCUUUCCUAACAUCAGACGAACAUUCGAUUGAUAAUCCAUCUGCUAGAAAUGAGUCUGAUCGCACUGGGUAUGGACAAAACCCGUUUCACAUUGCUUGUGUGCUCAAUCAAAGGACUACCAUCUGCUCCGCCUACCGCAUAUGUUUCUUUGACGUUGUUCUCGUUAUGCAUGAACGAGUGUGCAUCUCAAGUCACCCCCUCGCUUUGUAUUCACUGGGGCUCUUUAUUUUUGGGUGUCCUCAGCACAACGUACGCAUGCCUUUCACUCGCCUUGACUUCAUUGUCAGGCACAAAGCCAGUCCAUCAGGACCAUUGUUUCGUCUCCGGCGCAUGUUCUGAAUAAGCUCGAGUCACAAGGAACAGAGAGCAGCGCGCCUAUAUACAUAUGUCGUCCCGUACGAGCGCUCUGACUCCGGAUAUUGCUCUCGCUACGCUACGCCAGAGCGGGACUCGA